GACACUUCCUGUGCUGACCUGGAGGUGGAAGGACUGCAGUCAGCCUGGUUCCUGGUUGCGGGCCCUGGUGGAACUUGGGCAUCAUGGACAUUGAAGCAUAUUUUAAAAGAAUCGGUUAUGAGAACUCUAAGAUCAAAUUGGACUUGGAAACAUUAACUGACAUUCUUCAGCACCAUAUCCGAGCCAUUCCCUUUGAGAAUCUUAACAUCCAUUGUGGGGAACCCAUGGAAUUGGGUUUGGAGGAGGUUUUUAAUCAAGUUGUGAGGAGGAACCGGGGUGGAUGGUGUCUCCAGGUCAAUCAUCUUCUGUACUGGGCUCUGACCACAAUAGGUUUUGAGACCACCAUAUUAGGAGGGUAUGUCUACAACCCUACAGCCAACAAAUACAGCAAUCGUAUGAUUCACCUUCUGCUGAAGGUGACCAUUGAUGGCAGGAACUACAUAGCUGAUGCUGGGUUUGGACGCUCUUACCAGAUGUGGCAGCCUAUGGAGUUAACUUCUGGGCAGGACCAGCCUCAGGUGCCUUGCAUCUUUCGCUUGACAGAAGAGAGAGGAAUCUGGUACCUGGACCAAAUGAGAAGAGAACAGUACAUUCCAAACCAAGAAUUUCUUAAUUCUGAUCUCCUGGAAAAGAAUAAAUACAGAAAAAUCUACAACUUUACCCUUGAACCUCGCACAAUAGAAGAUUUUGAGUCUGUGAAUACAUACCUUCAGAUAUCUCCAGCAUCUGUGUUCACAAGCAAGUCAUUUUGUUCCUUGCAGACCCCAGAAGGGGUUCACUGUUUGGUGGGCUUCACUCUCACCUAUAGGAAAUUCAAUUAUAAAGACAACAUGGAUUUGGUGGAGUUUAAGACACUGAAUGAGGAAGAAGUAGAAGAAGAGCUGAAAAAUAUAUUUAAUAUUUCCUUGGAGAGAAAGCUUAUGCCCAAACAUGGUGAUCAAUGUUUUACUAUUUAGAGUAAGGCGUAAAAAUGUCCUUCAUUAUUUCCUCAUACUGACACUUUUUGUUAUUAAAAAUUUUAAGCACAUACAAAACUACAGAGAAUAAAAAAAAAAAACCCUGUGUAUUUAUCACCCAGUUUACAGUUAUCAACUGGUAGCCUAGCUAUCAUAUUUCCUCAGUGCUCCCACAUUAUAUUGAAGAAAAUUCUAGACAUAAAAUCAUUUCACCCUUAAUAAUGUGGGUAUGCACAAUUAGAUAACAUUUUAAAGAAACAACCUCACUCCUUUUCAAAAUUAAUGAUAGUAAAGAUGUUUUAAGGAUGGCCUAUGGUUGUUUUGGGGGAAAAUAGUGAUUUGUGCUAGAAGACCUUCCACAUUGGUUGAAUGUUGAAUUCGUAGAAAAGUUAACCAUGGUUCAGUAAAUAGAAUAUUGAGGAAGUUGUUUCCAUUAUUUUCAACUAGCAUAUAUCCAAUGUCCAAUUUUUACAAAAAUACCACAUGUGUAACUUAGAAUUUAGCAAAGAAGAAUGAGACAUGAUAUUUCUUCCAAAUAACCUAAUAGUUCUCAAGGCAAAGCUUAAGCCAGUACAUAGUAACAUGUGAUUAAGUCACAAGAGGGUAACACAGCUAAUAAUUUCCUACAUGGUACUUUUUGCAACCGCAGUCCUUCAUGUACCAUUUUAUUAAAUAUGGGAACACUGAAAUUUAGAAUUUUCAAAUUCCAGAAUUGUCAUUUAUCUCUAAAAGUAAUAAUUACUGUGAAUUUUAAAAUACUUGUCUGUAAAAACUUGAUGUCUAAAAAGUCUGUUAAAACAUUGCUGGCUACUACAAUGUCAGUCACAAAGUUUUUGUUUGUCAGAGUUAGGAUAUGAUGAGGCUAGGCUAUUUUUCUGCGAUGGUCUUUCUUGUCUCCCAGUUAUGUUCUUUUAUUUCCUUCCACAUUUUGUCAUAAGAGAAAGAGUAUGAACUUCAAAGUAUAUAGAUCUGAAUUUAAAUCCCGUGGACACUGGGCAAAUUACUUGGUGAAUCUAUGGCUCCAAUUCUUCAUAUGUAAAAUGGGGAUGAUACUUCUAUAAUUAAGCGCCAGACCUAGACUAAACUCUCAAUAAAUAUUUGCUAUAUGGAUGAAUGAA